CCCGCAGCCCCGGCCGGGAUGGAGAACUUCCGAAAGGUCAGGACGUCGGAGGAGGAGAGCCCCCUGCCCUUCCCCGACCUGCCCCCGGGCGUGGUGGAGAUGAAGGUGAAGGAGGGCAGCAAGAUCAGGAACCUGAUGAGCUUCGCCAUGGCCCAGAUGGAGCUGAAGGGCAGCCGGCAGAUCGUCUUCAGCGGCUGCGGCCGGGCAGUCACCAAGACCAUCACCUGCGUGGAGAUCAUGAAGCGCAAGCUGGGGGGGCUCCACCAGGUCACCAAGGUGCGCUACAAAACCUUGCUGGAGGUCUGGGAGAACCAGGACCCGCUGCCCGGCAGCGCGGCGCAGAACCUGACCGUCCACAAGAACGUCCCCUCCAUCUGCAUCCUGCUCUCCCGCGACCCCCUGGACCCCAACCAGACGGGCUACCAGCCCCCUGAGCCCAGCCAGCCGGGAGAAGACCCCUCGAGCUCCUCUGCCAAGGGGCAGAAGCGACCCCUGCCACCUCCUUGCGAGGAGCUGCUGCCCAAAAAGCUGCAGGGAGCCAGCCCCGGCAGCAGCCCGUGGGGCUCGGGGGACAGGGAGAGCCAGCCGGAGGGCCACCACUGA